AUGGCGAACCAAAGCGGCUUGAAGCGCAAAGCCGCAGCUCCCACUGCGUCUGGCACUGCUUAUCGCAAAGCAAAAAGCGUGAUGAAGGAAAGCACCAAGUCGAAACCUAGCGAUUCAGGUGUCCGCGCCAAUAAAUCCACGCCCAAGGGCGACAAGAGCGACGAGCGCACGCCAAAGCGAGUUAAGACAGCUACAGGCGCGCAGCAUGAUAAAGGAAAUACCGCACCUAAGAAAUCAGUUUCUUCCAAGAGUUCGCGCAUUGAAAAUUCAUUGUCGAAACGAAGCGAAGAACAAGAUGAUGCCAAGCAACAACGCGUCAUCGAGCCGCCAGUCAACAAACCAACGAAGGCUGAAGUCGUUCAACUUCGCAAAACUGCGGCCCAGGACCGCCAGCAAAUAAACGAGAACCAACUGCGCAAAGGAAUAAAGCCCGGUGAGACGGGCCCAUUACCUAAGGGCAUUCGUAUUGUGGCGGGGACGUACGAGCGCUUUUUGUAUGGUUUGGAAGGCACUGUCCAGAAAGAUUCGCAGUCUUCUUACUCGAUUCGUCUUGAGCCACGCUUCAUAUUCCCAGCACAUGUAUCUUCGAUUCGAUGUGUUGCCUGUGCUGGCCAAGAUUCCAAGUGGCUUGCUACGGGAGGUAUGGAUGAAUUGAUUAAGGUGUGGGAUCUGCGACGUCGUAAGGAAAUGGGCGCAUUGACAGGUCAUGAAGGCACGAUUACGUCUUUGUCUUUCCCAAACCGAACUUUCCUCUUGUCUGCAUCAGAAGAUGGUGUCAUUAACAUGUACCGCACACGCGAUUGGGCUCUUCUACGUACGUUACGUGGGCACACGGGUCGAAUCAACUCUGUCAGCGCACAUCCAAGCGGGCGCGUGGCCCUCUCUGUGGGAGCUGAUCGGAUGAUUCGAAUGUGGGACCUCAUGCGCGGCAUGGGUUCAGCGUCCGUUAAGAUCGGUACAGAGGCGGAUCGUGUGUUGUGGGACACAUUAGGGACCCGCUUCGCCGUUCUCACUGGUCGAAAGAUCAUCGUCUAUGCCACGAAUAUGUCAAAGGUGGCACAGAUCGAGCAUCCGAAGCGACUACAUGAUAUUGGGUUCGUGCGGACGAAUAUAACUGGCAACAAUGACAAACGUGACGACCAGCAUGAACUGAUGCUUGUUGCAAGCGAGUCUGGCAUUUUGCAUGUGUUUGAUUUGGACGAUCUACAGGGCACUGGCGAAGAUGCUUCGCCACGUGAAGUUGCACGACUUGUGGGACACACAAACCGUGUGCGUAGUGCUGUGGCAACGCAUGUCCAAGCGAACGACGGAACAGAACGUCUCCUUGUCACGACAAUCAGCUCGGACGGGUAUAUUCGUGUGUUUGAAUUGUGCUUGUCGCGCGAGGAGCCCCUUGUACCAGAAUUGGAAGCGCUCGCCGCGUAUGACACAAAGAAAUCUCGAUUGACAUGUCUGAGUGCAGUUGGUUUUGAUCCAGAUGCGUCGGACCUUCCGAACGAGGAAGAGGCAGAGUCUGAUGAUAGCGAUCCUGAGGACAGCGAUUUCGAGAACGCGGAUGAUACACUUCAAGACAAUGAUCUUUCGGACGAAGACAGUGAUGCAGAGCUUGCUCGACUGGAAGAGGAAAUAGCUCAAGCGCGCAAAGCGGGUAUUAUCGUUGAAGGUGUGGAUGAAGAGGACGACGAUGAUGAUGACGGCGACGACAACGACGAAGAAGAGGACGAAGUAGAAGGGGAAUUGGAGGAUGAAGAGGAGGAUACGUGA